ACAGCCUGGGAACAUUUCUGCCAGUACAGUUUCCAUGUCGUCUGUCCCAUGACUUAAAACUGCGUUUCAGUUGACAAGAGAUAUAUACUGUGUAUAUAUUUCUGAGCUUUUCUAAAGCCUGCUGGAGUAGCACUUCAAAGAAAACCUGAUGCGCCCACUCCAGAUUGUUCCAAUCCGAUUCAUUUCCCAGCUGUGUUGUAGACUGAAGCCUCCGGCCUCCCCACAAAGCAAGAUCUGCCUCACUAUGGCUCGUCCAAGUUCUAAUAUGGCAGAUUUUCGGAAAUGUUUUGCAAAUGCAAAGCACAUAGCCAUCAUCUCAGGGGCUGGUGUUAGUGCGGAGAGUGGAGUUCCAACUUUCAGAGGAGCUGGAGGUUAUUGGAGAAAAUGGCAAGCUCAGGACCUGGCCACUCCUCAGGCCUUUGCCCGCAACCCAUCUCAGGUGUGGGAGUUCUACCACUACCGGAGGGAGGUCAUGCAGAGCAAGGAACCCAACCCGGGGCACAUGGCCAUCGCCCAGUGUGAAGCUCGGCUGCGUGACCAGGGCCGCCGGCUUGUAGUCAUCACCCAGAACAUUGAUGAGCUGCACCGCAAGGCUGGCACCAAGAACCUGCUGGAAAUCCAUGGAACAUUAUUUAAAACUCGGUGCACCUCUUGUGGCGCUGUCGCUGAGAAUUACAAGAGUCCAAUUUGUCCAGCAUUAGCAGGAAAAGGGGCUCCAGAACCAGAGACUCAAGACGCCAGGAUCCCAGUUGACAAACUUCCCAGGUGUGAGGAGGCAGGAUGUGGUGGCUUGCUGCGACCUCAUGUGGUGUGGUUUGGAGAAAACCUGGAUCCUGCUGUUCUGGAGGAGGUGGACAGAGAACUGGCUCUCUGUGAUCUGUGUCUAGUGGUGGGAACAUCCUCUGUGGUCUACCCCGCUGCCAUGUUUGCCCCUCAGGUGGCUGCCAGGGGAGUCCCAGUGGCUGAGUUUAACAUGGAAACCACCCCAGCCACCAACAGAUUCAGAUCAGACCAACCUGGGAACAAUGAGCAUCCCUUUCCACCUAGACUGUCUACCGGAUCACAACCACUGUGGGGAGCCCCGCCCUCCUUCCUUCUGCGCACGCGCCUAGGUGCGUCUUGUGGCCUCCGGACCAACAGAGGGCGUGGAGAGCGCGCGGUGCGCACAGCUAGCGGCUGCUUCCGGGUCAAGGGUCAGGCAGCCGUCUUCCCGUUGGUCAUGGUGCAGCUCCGGCCGCGUCCGUCGCGUGUCCCCGCGCCGGCGGAGGCGAUGGUGGACGAGGACCAGGCGGCCUCGGAGGAGGAGGAGGCGGAGCACGGGCUGCUCCUCGGGCAGCCGAGCAGCGGCGCCGCCGCCGAGCCGCUGGACGAGGACGAGGACGGUGACGACGAGGCCCCAGAGGAGCAGACUUUCGCCAGCGCUCAGGCGGAAGCGAGGGAGGAGGAGCUGCGCGUGCGUGAGAGUGCACGGAGGGAUAAAACGCUGCUGAAAGAGAAGAGGAAGCGGCGCGAGGAGCUGUUCAUCGAACAGAAGAAAAGAAAGCUGCUUCCAGAUGCUGUUUUAGAGCAACUAACUGCUGCUUCAGAGGCUGACAUAAAGAACUCACCAGGAAAUGUAAAAGUUAAUUUGAAAAAGAAAAGCGAACACAUUUCAAAAGGAAGACACUCCAAGAAAGUUAAAGUACAAAAAGUGCAGUCUGUCAGCAGUCAGACCAAAAGCUACUUGGCUGUAAGGCUAAAAGACCAAGACCUGAGAGAUUCGAGGCAAGAAGCAGCCAAACACUUCAUCCACAAUUGUUUAUAUGGUUCAGAAUCCAAGAGGACUACUGUAAACAAGUUCCUGUCACUGAACAACAAGCGGCUACCAGUGAAAAGGGCUGCAGCCCAAUUUCUCAACAGCACCUGGGGUGCUCAGAAACAACAAAAUGCCAAGAGGUUUAAAAAACGGUGGAUGGCCAGAAAGAUGAAAAAGAAAAGUUACAAGUGAACUGAAAUAAAGCUAAAUGAAGAACCUGUAUUUUGUAUGUAUACAAUUUAAGAUUAUGUGGUGUAAAAAGGAUUGAUUUCUCCAAAUCUAGUUAUUCAUAAAUCAUUGUAAAGGAUCAUUAUAAAAACCAUAAACCUUUUUGUCUUGGAAAACAGCUGGCUACAUUUCUUUCUGAAAUAUUUUUAGUGUUCUUAAGGAAAAAGUAGUUAGAAAGGAAUUUUCAUCCUUGUGUGGGCACAAGAAGAGGGACAAAGAGACCAUCCGUGAAGUCUUCAGUACAGCUUGAAAAGCUAUUUUGGUAUUAUUGAUGUGGUUUCUACUGUCAGGGAGUAAGAAGUCAUU